AUGCGAUGUCGAAUACCGACAUUGGACAAGCCCUUGAUGAGGCUGUUUGCCUGGUAUACGGCCAACUUUCUGGUCGAUUAUUACUACCUGUUCAUCGUGGGGCCUGUUCUCUUGACCGCAUUCCUGAGCUUGGGCCUUUUUCGGAUCAAAGAGCUGACGAUUCUUGAUGCCAAGUUGCUGUACACUCCCGCGACCGCACCUUGUUGGCAUGAGGAAGAGACUUUGUCCAAGGUAUCGAUUAUUUUGAUUUCAUAAGUCAUCAAGUUUCUUCACAAAAUAUUUAUUUAUCUUUUCAGUUAUGGCCAAUCAGGCCGAACGAAUUCCUUCCUGAACGGACUUUCGAAUGGAAUAGAUUCGUUUAUCUUGUUGUACAUGGCAGGGAAAAGAAUGAAACCGGUUUUCCAAAUAUUUUGGAGAACAAAUACUUGGAUGAGAUCGAGAAACUGGAGGCUGACGUUGCUGAGAAUGUAGCCUUUGGGAUGAAAAAGGUCUGGAAAAGCAAUCAAACCAGCAACAUUAAAGACAUUGUCAGAUUCAAGGUAAUCAAGUAAUCACUUUUAUCCGACCAUUUGCAGGACAUUUGUCUCAAUUGGAAUGGGGAAUGUUAUCGACAAACGGGCAUCAUCAAUCUGCUCAAACGAAGAUCCGAAUUCGAAUCUCAUGGAAUUGGGAUCACUUUCCCUCGGGCAAAUACCAAGGGAAACCCCAUUUACUUGGCCUUUAAUGUGGGGGGAGUAGAGACUUUCAAGAACGAUUCUAUCAAGGUAAGGUGAACAGCAAUACUAGUAGUCUUGGGCAGUAAUACUGGCGGGUUUAAACAGUAAAACAGGUUGAAUUGAGCGGUAAUUUCCAGAUUAAAAUUUCUCUUAAUCUUUCCAGGUGGUGAAGGGCAUGCGAUUGUUUUAUUUCCUCCGAUUUGAUACCCCCGAGUACAACGAAAUGGGGGUCCAAUGGGAAGACACCGCCAAGCAAUACAUCGAAAGUCAUUGGAUCCAUCAUCCAUUGCUUGAGGUAAUCAAAAAAGUCAAAAAACAUCAAAAAACGACUUCUAUCUAUCUUCAGGUGCAUGUAAAACAUUCGAGGAUAUACGAUCAGGGCUUGACCGAGAAUGCAAACAAUUUAAAGCCAUAUUUUACAGUUACGGUAAUCGUACUCAUCACUUUUACAACUCUGUACGCAUUGAAAUGGAGCUUUAAUGAAGAAUAUCCAUGUUUUCCAAGUGAGUUUUGACCAAGGUGCCGACAUUACUCUUCAGUCUUGCUUUAUGUCAGUAACCUUUUUAGUUCGAGUGGAUUGGCUGAGAUCAAAGCCAGCCUUGGCCUUAGGCGGUGUUCUGUCCUCAGGCAUGGCCAUCAUCAGUGGGAUUGGGAUGCUCCUUUGGUUGGGCUGUUUCUUUGCGGAGAUCACUUUAGUCGCUCCUUUCUUGGUUCUUUGUAAGUGGUAAUGUAAAACGGCUGCCGACCCUUCGCCUAUGUGUGAAACAUCCGCGCCAUCUUGGAUAGCUGCCAAGAGCACGAAGAUAUAUGGCUCGGGACUUGUAAAUCUCUCCGCAAGAGUCCAUACGAACCCUGCAAAUUUAGUCCAAAGUUAAAAGUUGACAAAAAAGGAGGAGGCGACGGAGAAAGGCAGCAAUUCUUACAAAGAGAGAAAUUGCGCAAUGUUAUGUAAGAUUGCGCAACUUUUAACUUUGUACUAAAUUUGCAGGGUUCGGAUGGACUCUAGCGGAGAGGUUUGGAAGUCCCGAGCCAUACAUAUCCGUUAAAUUUUUUUUCGAUUUCAUGAAACACCCUGUAUCAUCACAAAUUAAUCUGAUUACAGCCAUCGGAGUCGACGAUAUGUUCAUUGCUGUGGCUGCAUGGCAUAAUACAGAGUUGAAGUUCACGGAAAAGACAAAGGAGUCCCUCAAACAUCGGAUGGUGGAUGCCAUGUCCGAGAGCAGUGUGGCCAUCUUCAUCACCUCCAUGACUGAUGUAUUUUCCUUCGCCAUCGGAUGCUAUACAGACAUCUUGGCGGUCAGGGGAUUCUGUAUGAUGACUGCUGCUUGCAUGUUCUUCACCUUCUUUUAUCAAGUGAGUCGCUUUUAUAACUUUUUAUAUUGUUCCCAUAUUAUUAUGUUUAAUCAAUCCUAAUUUAGAUAACUUUUUUUGCGGCGUUGAUGGUGCUAAGCGCCAAGGUGCAGAUGUCUCAACGGAACUCUUGUUUACCAUGUGUAAAGACCAUAGACAGAUACGAAAAUAAUCCGAGAAAACAACUAAAGUCGAAGAAGAGGGAGAAUAAAUGUUUGGAGGAAGUGGUGGAAGCCAAAAGACGCGCGAUUAUGUUGGGUAUAAUAGAAUAUAGCAACGUCAGCCUGAUUCCAUCAUGCUUUCAGAUCAACGUCGCUUUGCAACCGAUGAACUCAACUCAAAAUAUUCGAAUGGGAGUUCUUCUCCCGGUUCCCAGGCCUCCAAUUCCUCUUCAGAAUACUCUCUGGAUGCCAAAUCUCGAGGAAUUAUGGGACAAUUUUUCAGGUACAAUGCUCACCGGAUUACGUAAUGAUUGAUCAAAUUGCAGACAAUAUUACAUCGACUUCAUACUAGACUCAAAAACAAAAAUUCUCAUGUUUUUUGUGUUCAUGGGAUAUUUGGGCUUAUCCAUUUAUGGGAUUAUGACCAUGGAACAGGGACUAGACUACGAGAAGCUGCUUUUGAAUACAGAUCCCUUAGUCAGGACCGUCAAAGUGGAGAUAGAACUCUUCCAUGGGGGCGAUCAAAUUGAAAUUGCUGUCUCCAAGGCGCCGGAUAUGACCAAAAAAGAAAAUCGACGGCUCAUCGAGAGUAUUGUAGAGGAAUUCGAGGCUAUCGAAUACUCAAUUGGACCCAAGGGCACUCAAUUAUGGACAAGAGAGUAUCAAAAAUACGCCAAUCAGACUGGUAGGAGUCUUAUAAUAACAAAAUAAAAAAUAAUUUCUAGGGUCUUUUCUUCACGAUGACUAUGAAUCCUGGGUCCUUGGAGCCUACGAAUGGAGUCAACUUUUUGCCUAUUAUAAAUUAUGGUCUCAAGAUUUUGUCUGGGAAAACGAGCACAUCCCAGAAAAAAUCAAAAUGACGUCAUUUCGCUUCCGAAUUGGGGUCACUGAGUUCAACACCCCCACAGAUUUGGUAAGAGUCACCCAGAUGUUGAGAGAUAUCGCCGCCAAAUACGAAGAUCUGGGUAUUGUGACCUACCAGCAGAGUAGAAGUAUCGCCGACCAACUGAAUGUCCUCUUGCCGAACACAAUGCAGAAUGAUGUAGCGGCAAUGUUCUGCAUGAUCGUGAUCAGUCUUUUGUUUAUCCCUAAUCCCAUCUGCACUUUCUGGAUCUCCGUGGCCAUGGUGACCAUUGAUGUUGGUGUAAUUGGUCUCCUCUCCUUGUGGAGUGUCAAGUUGGAUCCCAUCUCAAUGAUCACAUUGAUCCUUUCCAUUGGAUUCUCCAUCGAAUUCAGUGCCCAUGUUACUUAUGGCUUCGUCAGCAAUGAGAAUAACCUCACUCCAAGACAAAGAUGCAUUGAUACCAUGGAGAAAUUGGCCUGGCCGAUGGUCCAUGGAUCAAUGUCCACGAUCCUGGGAGUGCUGGUGUUGGCUUUCAUUAACUCUUACAUGGUCCUGGUCUUCUUCAAAACCAUUUUCCUGGUGAUGGUUGUUGGUAUUUUCCAUGCGCUCGUAAUCUUACCCAUCGUUCUUCAUGAUACUGCGCCCUUGACUGAUAGACUGAAUGAUUACUUAGAGAAAAGGAAACAGGAGAUGUAG